UUCAGUUGCAGGAGGCGAGAGGCGAGAGGCGAGAAGCUCUGCUCGGUACAAAUUUUCUUGUCUACCACUCGAUCUACCAUCUUCAAGUGAGAAAAUGUCUACUUCAAAACAAGCAGUUAAUGAGACUACAAAAUGGAGCCAAGCAAAUGUAGACACCCUUAUUGUUCUGAUGGUAGAGGAAGUUAAGAAAGGAAAUAGGACUACUUCGACUUUUAAUAAAGCUGGUUGGAACAACAUUGCCAAUAACUUCAAAGAAAAAACUGGGGUCAACUAUGCCAUUGUACAGUUGAAGAACAAAGUGAACAAACUAAGGCAGGAUUAUAGUCAGUUUAAGAAGCUAUUGGAGACAACUGGUUUUGGUUGGGAUACUGCUUCAAGAACUUGUACUGUUGAUGAUGAAUCCAUCUGGGAAUCGCAUAUUAAGGAUAACCCUACUUGGGCACGAUUUAAGAAGCACGGACUACCACAAUGGCCAGAACUAUGUAUGGUAUUUGGUGAUACAUAUGCAGACGGCGAAGGAAGUGGGACUCAAACAACCAUGUUGGAAACUUUGGGGGCCAAUGAAGCUAGGAUUAUGAUUGAGUCUUGUGAUGAGUCAAGUUCCGCUGAUGAAGUUACUCCAUUAGGUGACACUCAAACUGAAGCAGUGGAAAAAAGGCCAGCUACUAAGCAUAGGCAUGAUAGGACUCCAAAUGCGAAAAGGAGGAGGAGCAAGUCUAAUGAUUGGUCAAUGGCAUUCAAGGCAAUUCAAGAUAUUAGUAAAUCAAGGGUAGAACGAGAUGCGAGCAUGUCCACUGCUUCAACCCAAAAUGCGGAAUAGAUGUAUGGGAUUACUAGGGCCAUGGAGGUGCUUGAGUCAGAAUAUGAGUUAGAUGAAGCACUAUACGAGAAAGCACUUCGGAAGUUAAUGGCUGACCCGCAAUGGAGAGAAGCAUUAAUUUCCUGCCCUCCUCAUCGGAAGUCAAUACUCCUUCGUACCCUUCAGUAGUUUGCUUCUUGAAAAGUUCUUUUAAUUAGCUAGAUUGAUAACUCUACUUGGAUUGUGCCUUGACCCUACUUUUACCUUUGAUGGUUUGCUAUGUUUUCCUUCACUUUUUAAGAUGUUAUGGAUGACUGUGUCUUGACUUUUUUUUAUAACUGUAGUAUUUGAUGUCCUGAAUAUUUGAUCAUUGUUCCUUGACACUACUUUUAACUUUGAUGGUUUGCUAUGUUUUCCUUCAUUUUUUUUAAGGUGUCUUGGAUAUUUGUUCAAAAUUAUGGUUUGAUGUGUUUGCAUAUUUCUAAUUUUAUAUUAUAGGAAUGGAUCAAAGAAUGAUCGCAUCUAGGGAACACAUUGAACAAAUGGAAAGGGAUGACACUGAUGCAGAAAUCAUGAUGUGUAUAAUGUUGUUGAUGAAAGCACAUGAUUCAUUAUACACUAGAGAGCCCAUACGAGAUAGUAAAUUGACAGGACCAGAGCGAGUGAGUGAGGUUCUAAACGGACAUGUAGACAGAUGCUAUGAACAGUAUAAAAUGGAACGUCAUGUCUUCCUCAACCUUGAAGCGUUAAUGCGACAACAUGGUUGGUUGGAAGAUAGUCGAUAUUUAAGAGUGGAUGAGCAGUUGGCAAUGUUUAUAUCUAUCGUUGGUCACAAUGAUAGGUAUAGAGACAUAGUAGAACACUUUCAACGUUCUCUUAACACUAUAGGUGAACACUUUAAGAAAGUGUUACGUGCUUUCAUACUACUGGGACAAGAGAAUAUCAAACCUCCAAACUUCAGUCGUUGCCCUAAACAGAUUCUUGAAAAACCAAAGCUCUAUCCUUUCUUCAAGGACUGCAUUGGCGCGAUUGAUGGCACUCAUGUUAGUGCUUCUGUACCUCUAUCCAAACAAAUACCGUACAGAGGAAGGAAAGGAGAUACGACCUGGAAUGUUAUGUGUGCAUGUGACCUUGACAUGAAAUUCACUUUUGUGUACGCUGGUUGGGAGGGUUCGGCAAAUGAUUGUCGAGUAUUCAAUGAGGCAUUGAAUAACCCUAAAUUUGAAUUUCCUCAUCCUCCACCUGGUAAAUAUUAUGUGGUUGAUUCUGGUUAUCCAUCUACUACUGGAUUCUUGACGCCGUUCAAAGGACAAAGAUACCAUCUAAAUGAUUAUAGGAAUAGACGUCCAAGGACAGCAGUAGAGCUAUUUAAUAAUAGACACUCUUCUGUUAGGAAUGUUAUAGAGCGCAGUUUUGGCUCUUUGAAGAAGCGCUUCCCAAUUCUGAGCAAAAUGCCAUGUUUUCCAUUGAACACCCAAACAUGCAUCGUCAUUGCUUGUUGUGCACUUCACAACUUCAUUCGGGAGGAAGAAAUUGCAGACAAGAAUUUUAAGGAGUUUGGUGAAAAUUGGUGGAAUGAGGAGCCUGAAGAAAUUCAAGAUUAUGUACCACCAGCUCACAUUAGUAUAAGCUUAGCAGAAAGAAGAAGACAGAUGGAUGAUCUUAGGAAAAAGAUUGCAAAUGAGUUAGCUGUUAAAGCCGGAAUGGCUCAAAUUACAUGAUUACAUUUUGAUGAUUGGAUUUAAACUUUGAAGUAGUGGGACA